GUGGAAUACUUUGGUGGUGGAUGGCCGUGACGUGGAGGCACUGUGCCAGGUGUUCUGGCAGGCAGCUCAAAUGAAGAACAAGCCCACUGCUGUGGUUGCCAAGACCUUCAAGGGCCAGGGCGUUCCAAGUGUUGAAGAUGAAGAAAAUUGGCAUGGAAAGCCAAUGCCCAAAGAAAGAGCAGAUGCAAUUAUCAAACUAAUUGCGAGCCGGAUAGAGACCAAUAAGAGUCUCAAACCAAAAGCCCCUGUUGAAGACUCACCUCAAGUCAACAUCUCAGAUAUAGAAAUGACGUCUCCACCUGAUUAUGAAGCCAGGGAUAUGAUAGCUACUCAGAAAGCAUGUGGUUUGGCUCUGGCCAAGCUGGGCCAUGCAAAUGACAGAGUUAUUGUGCUGGAUGGUGAUACCAAGAACUCCACCUUUUCUGACACAUUCAAGAGAGAACACCCUGAGCGCUUCAUCGAGUGUUUUACUGCUGAGCAAAACAUGGUGAGCGUGGCACUGGGAUGUGUCACCCAUGGUCGCACCGUGGCUUUUGCUUGCACCUUCGCUGCCUUUUGGAUCCGAGCAUUUGAUCAGAUCCGGAUGGGAGCCAUCUCGCAAACCAACAUCAAUCUUAUUGGGUCCCACUGUGGGGUGUCCAUAGGUGAAGACGGCCCCUCCCAGAUGGCCCUAGAGGACCUAGCCAUGUUCCGAGCCAUUCCGAACUGCAAGAUUUUCUAUCCAAGUGAUGCCAUCUCGACAGAGCAUGCUGUUUUCCUGGCAGCCAAUACCAAGGGGAUGUGCUACAUUCGAACCAGUCGGCCAGAAACUGCAAUUAUUUACACCCCACAAGAAAGCUUUGAGAUUGGACAGGCGAAGGUCAUCCGUCAAAGUGUGAACGACAAGAUUACAGUUGUCGGAGCUGGAAUUACUUUGCACGAAGCCUUAGCUGCCGCUGAUGAUCUUUCCAAGCAAGAUAUUUCUAUCCGUGUCAUUGACCUGUUUACUAUUAAACCUCUGGAUGCUGCCACCAUCAUCUCCAAUGCAAAAGCCACAGGUGGCCAGAUUAUCACAGUGGAGGAUCACUACCCAGAAGGUGGCAUCGGGGAGGCCGUCUGUGCAGCCGUCUCCGUGGAGCCUGACAUCGUGGUCCAUCAGCUGGCAGUGUCAGGGGUCCCUCGGAGCGGGAAGCCCAGUGAUCUGCUGGAUAUGUUUGGAAUCAGUUCCAAACACAUCAUAUUGGCUGUGGAACGUAUUUUAAUGCAAUAG